GAGCUCUAAAAAAAUCCGUGCAAUUUUAAAGCUCAAUAAACUUGUAUCGAUCCGACAAUGAUACUUGGUAUCGACUAUAUCGAUAUUGUUAUGGCCCUGCCCACCCGCUCUCACAGAGCCUCUAAAAGCAGCAACUGCACUUACAACUUUUCCUCUUCCGUCCUAAUAUCACUUGUUGCGUGGUCGACCAGCUGCAAGCACCGUCUCACGCAUCGGUAAUGGGAUCUUCACUUGGCUCCAAGAAAAACUUCCAGUUUUUUCGAGUGUUCGCUCUUGAAAAGUUACUUUUCAAACUGCGGGGAUAGUUGUCACUGCGCAGGUGCGGGCGGACGAGAAGGCCCCGCGUGUCUACAUGCCAGCCAAGACGCACCAGGACGGCUCAUUCAGUGCGUAAAGUUGACGCGCAAUCCCAGUGACUUUUUCAACGGUCCCUUGCGAAGAUUUGGCGAUCAUGGCAAAAUGGUUCAGAGAUUUCCCCAUCAACUUGAAGAACGGGAGCGAACGAGCGCGCUCUGCGUCCGAAUCCGGUCCACCAACCCGCCACAAGGCGUCAUUCUCCCGGGACAGCCUGAAGGGAAACGCGCGUAAAGACAGCGGAGUGGCGGCCUUGCUGACCGGGAGGGCCAGGAAGAAUUCGGCCACGGAGUUGGGCCGCAACAACAACAUCAACAGCGGUUCUGCCGGUGGAACCGUGUGGGAAACUCUGGCCCCGAAAAGCCGCAAUAAGAACCCCAGCAAGGUGGAAGCACCGGAAGAGAAGACGCAGGUCAGCAGGACGUCCAGCUUAGCUCAAGCUUACAUCAGCAGGAUGAUUAAAGUGGACAAGCAGGACAAGACGCACAAACUCGACGACAUAAGUGAGCAGAAGAAGCCUGAGAGUGAAGAUGGAAGAUCUGCAAUCAAAACUACACUGAUCAUCCUGGAGGACUACGCCGAUCCUUUCGACGCAGAGAAAACUAAAGAGCAGAGAGAGGCGGAGAGAGCCGGCGUCAACGACGGUUACAUGGAGCCUUACGAUGCCCAGGUCAUCAUCACAGAAGUUCGCAGACGGGGCUCCAAAGACCUCCUCAAAGUGUGCGUUCUGCUGGACCGAGGCCAGGCGGAGAGGAAGCCAGAGGAGGGGAAGCUGUCCCCGCCGCAGAAUAUCUACGACACGCCGUACGAAGGCAGACUGGAGGGCGACAGCCAGGGCGUGUGGAUCCCUGUCACCCGUCCAGAGUCUGACAUCCGUCCGGCCGGAGAGUACGAGCUGCCCUGGGAGUGGCGGAAGGAGGACAUUGUUCGAGCCCUGUCAGCUCAGUUUGAAGCCGUGGAUUGUUCGGCCGCCAAAGAAAAUGCUUCCAUCUCAAUCCGCCAGCAGCAGAACCACACUCUGAGACAGAAGAACUGGAGCCAUAAGACACUCGUCUCCACCUCUUCGUCCUCCUCCUCCUCCUCGCCAUCCUUUCCGUCGUCACCUAUUCUUAAACUCUCCCCGAUAACGACGACAUCGCCUUCAUUCCCUACUCUCAAACUGUCGCCCUCCUCCAGCCCCAACAAACCUUCCUCUCCUACCUCGGCCAGCGCCCCACUGGAUGGGGAGGUGGCCAAAGUGGACUCGAGCCUGCCGCUGGACAAGCAGAGCUGGUACCAUGGCAGUGUGAGUCGGCAGCAGGCUGAGGCUCAGCUGCAGCGCUGCAGGGAAGCCAGCUUCCUGGUGAGAGACAGCGAAUCAGGAACCAGCAAGUACUCCAUCGCUCUCAAGACCAGUCAGAGUUGUGUGCACAUCAUCGUUGCCCAGACUAAGAGCAGCAAAGGUCUGGGCUACACUCUCGAUCAGAGCAGCUGUGUCUUCUCCAGCAUCCCUGAGCUGGUCCAGCACUACUGCACGCACAGACUGCCUUUCACCGGAGCCGAGCACAUGACCCUGCAGCAUGUGGUGCAACGGUUGCACUGAACGUACAUGCUACUAAGUUGCACAACGCGUAUACUCAAGGAUUUUUUUCUUUUUGGUGGAUUUGAAUCCAUGCGGGAGCCAGAAAAGUGUGGUCAUGAUAACUUGAAUGUGAGUGGAGUGAAAGUUCAUCCAUCACCAAUCAAAUGAAGACAUAGAUUCUGAUAAAGCUGCUUAAACGAGUAACCCCAUUCACUCAAAUGACUGCAUCUGGCCUUCCCGAUUUACACUACACUUGUGAUUACAGUGGAACCUCCAAAGUCAAACCUCCCUUAAAAAUGCAUCUUUCGGAAUUCAAUCCACUUUAUUUAUAUAGCACAUUUACACAACAAGAAUGUUUCCAAAGUGCUGCACAGCCAUGUUAAAAACAAUAUUAAAAACGAUAUUAAAAACAAUAUUAUGCUACACCAAUGACUGAAUAAAAACAAAGAAUAAAUGAAUAGAAAACCAAUACAGAAACAAUAUAAAAAAUAAAUAUGAUUAAAAACGAUUUUAAAGGGUAAAACCAAUUAAAACAGUAAAAUAGACAUCAAAAUUUAUAAAAAAAAACACAGAGGACAACAGAGGACAGAAGACCACACAACUCACGUAGUGUUAAAAGCCAAAGAAUAAAAGUGGGUCUUAAGACGAGACUUAAAACACUCCACUGUGGAAGCAGUUUGAACAUGGAGGGGCAGAGUGUUCCAGAGUUUAGGGCCGACCACAGAGAAGGCCCUGUCUCCCCUGGUUCAAAACUAAAGAAAUAAAUCUGCUGCUGAAGUCGCAGUGAGCACCCGGAGAUUUAUGUUGUUUUCUUUCUAACAAUUAUUCCUAAAGAUUAAAGUUAAAAUUAAAGUUAAAGUACCAAUGAUUGUCACACACGCACUCGGUGUGGCGAAAUUAUUCUCUGCAUUUGACCCAUCACCCUGGAUCACCCCCUGGGAGGUGAGGAGAGCAGUGAGCAGCAGCGGUGUACGCGCCCGGGAAUCAUUUUUGGUGAUUUAACCCCCAAUUCCAACCCUUGAUGCUGAGUGCCAAGCAGGGAGGUAAUGGGUCCCAUUCUUAUAGUCUUUGGUAUGACUCGGCCGGGGUUCGAACGCACUUAAGCCUUAAUUCAGAGCAAUUGUACAUGCAUUUUGCUUUUUCUUUGGCUUUUUGUAACAUUACCCUAAUGAAGCAGACUCCUGGUGUUAGCCAUUAUUACUGGAUGUGCAGCACAAGUGUAGAAAACAUGCACCUGUUAUUAGCAUGAUGGAACUCAGUGCACACUAUAACAUACCUGGAAAGCAGGGGCGUCCAAACUUUUUCCAAUAAGGCCCGCACACUAAAAUAUUUAAGCAUUUUGAUAUUUUUCAUGAUCAAAACCAAAAUAAAGAUUUUUUUUUUUACUUUUAGGGCUCCCCUAAAAAUAAGUUACGGGGGGGCCAAAAGGGUUUCACUCAUAAAAAUGUUAAAAAUAAAUCAAUAAUUAUUAUUAUUUAAUUAAACGCUUACAGUGAAUCUCUAGAUCAACUUCAGGUUAAUAUGUCGAUAGAAAGUAAAAAAAAUAAAAAAUGUUUUAUGAGCUUUUUGUCAAAGAAAACCCUGUUUAUGAAGGCAAUAACUAAAUAUAUUUUUUAUCCCCCAAAACAUUUGUAAGUGAAGUACUUGGAGCUUUAAAUAUGUCAAUAAUUUGUAAAACCAUUCAUUUUAAUUCAUUAUUAUUUUUUGAGCAAGGAGAGUUUAAAAAAACAACAAAAAAAAAUGUAUUUAUUGGAUUUUUGACAUAUACAGUCCAGAAAUACAAUUAAACACAUGUCAAAUGUUUUUUUUUUUCUCCACCAAACAAGUAACCCCCAAAAAACUAUAUAUAAAAUAAAAUUAAAAAAUAAACGAGACAAAAAAAAAGUACAGGCAAAUAUUGACAUGAAACCACUCUACACUAUGCAGCAAUACACAAAAGCAGACAAAAGGCUCAUCAAUUAUCUACCGUUCAAUUACUUUUACUUUCCAAUCACUGUUCAAUCGUGGUUAAAUUUGAGAUCAGUCUCUUUGACAUUUUUAGGAAACCACCCCAUACUUCCUGAAACCUCACAGAACAAUUGUUCGACUUGGACAGUUUUUUGUUUUUUAAUUCCCACUAAAAUUUUUGGGGACCCAAAAGGGCCAGCUCAUAAAAGUGUUAAACAUAUAUACAUUAUACAUUUAUUCAUACAUUUUUUUUUUUUUACUUCCAACCAUUAAGUCUUUAGAUGAGUGGUUCUUAACCACCUCAGAAAUCACUCAGCUCUCCAAGAACAGCAUUAAAUUACAGUAGCGUAGUCGGCCUAAAUAUUCAUUAAAAGCAAGGCAGAGGUUUUAUUUAACAAGUAUAUUUAAUAUUUUUGGCCACUGUAAGAUUACAGACAGUUUGAACAGUAAGACUGUGUGUGAAUAUUCAAUGAAGUGAUUCUUUGGCGUACCACUAGAUGAGCGUACAACCACCACAGUUUGAGAAUCAACUUCAGAUCUAUCUGUCAAUUAUAAGUUGUUAUCAUUUUUUAAAUAUUUUCUUGUUUGUUUGUGUUAUGCCUUUUUUGUCAAAGAAAACUAUAUUUUUUUAAUAUGGCAAACACAUAAAAUAUGCAAUAUUUUCCCCAAAAAUAUUUAAAAUUGAAAUAAUUAACAAAAAAUAUAUAUACAUACACAAUUCAGGAAAGGUUAAAAAACCCUAAAGUUGAUAAUUACGUGUUAAUUUUUUUAACGUGUUAUCGUUCACAUGCACUCACUUACACCAGACCUGGGCAAAUUAAGGCCCGGGGGCCGAAUGUGGCCAAAAUAAUUGCCCAAGCCUGAACGUGAAUGUUGCGCAUGCACGUGUACCACUGCACUAAUAAGUGGAUAACCAUAUUACUCCUGUACUUUUGUUAGUGUUUAUAGAAAACAAGAAAUAAUGUCGCACAUGCUUUAUGACACACAGCAUCCCAUUAUACAUCAUAGUAGGGUUGUACGGUAUACCGGUAUUAGUAUAGUACCGCGAUACUAAUGAAUCAUAUUCGGUACUAUACCGCCUCUGAAAAGCACCCGUUGUUGUCACGUCGUGACAUUGCUGGUUUUAUGAGCAGACGAGCAUGUACGGCAGCGCACAAUCACGGAGUACUUACAAGCAGACACAGUGUGUAGACAGAAAAGGCAGAACGGACGAAUUUUGGCCUAAAAACUAACGAUUAAGGUGAAGUUCUAACACUGAAACGCCCUCAGGAAGAGGUGCUUUAAGACAUGGCUAGCUAGCUAGCGGCUAAAGACCAGCCACAGUCAGCAGUGUUUUAGCUACUUCUAAAUCACUAAUCCUUGUCUCCAUGGCGACAAAUAAAGUAAGUUUCUUACAAGUAUCAUCCCUGCAGGACGAGGAAUAGCUAAAC